AUGGCCAAACCCAACCAGCGCCAUGCCUGCGACCGCUGUCACGGUCAAAAACUGCGAUGCAUCCACUCCGGGGGUGGGCCGUGUGUACGCUGCGCCAAAGCCAAAGCCACCUGCAGCUGGAGCCAGUCCUUGCGUUCCAACCGACUCAAGAGACAUAACGUGCCGAUAUCUGAUGUUCCUUUGGCGUGUGCGCAACUAGCAACCCAGUCGACCGACCCAAACACACCUCAAUUUGGUGCAUACAUGAGCCAACCCUCCUCCGCCGGCGUUGACAUUGACAUCAACUUGCUGCAGACUCAAUUCACCGACAGUACUCCCUGGGCUCUGCCGGCCGGCCGCUAUCCCUCUCCAGCAUCACAGGAAAUGGAGACCUACAAUGUGGGUCACACUGAGGCGGACCUUCCGACCACCGCGGACUGGAUGUGGCCCGCCGUCGCCAAUGGUCCCGUUCAAACGACUCCCCCGGCAAAUUGGCAGCAAGCAUUCAAUCAGGAAUGGGCUAUGAUGGCGUCCCAGCACCCUGUCGCAACGAUGAACACGCCGUCUCGGACCUCGCCAGUAAGCGACGCCGUGGACCCGCCGAAUACGGUGUGCCUUCUUGCGACCAUCCGCGAGUUGUCAGAGCUUAACGUCGACCUGUACGCACACGAAGCGACGGUCCCCAGACCUCCUGCAUCUCUGGACGAACCGAUCAGCUGGAAGAACAAGGAUUUCGCCAUCGAUCGGACUUUUCACCUGUCCCAGCGGCUCAUUGAGAUCGUCAACAAACGAUAUCCGCGCUACCUCGAGACCGCCCGCAUGCAGACCCCCGAGGGGACUCCCGAACGGACCUCCGAAAGCAGUCCGUCUGGCCCGCCACUUGACCAAGGCUCAUGUCUCCUCGUUCUCUCAUGUUACACUCGACUCAUCGAGACCUACGAUCGAAUCUUUGCCAAUAUGCAGGGAUGUCUGGAUCGUUCCUCGGUCACGGCCCGAGAAGACUACGUCAAUAUGCCGUCGGUCCAAGUCGGCUCCUUCUCCUUGCCACACUCGUCCUCGUUGCAAAUCGUCCUCAUCCUGCAGUUGGCGCGUCAACUCCUAACUCGAAUGGGCGAGAUCAUCAAAGCCGUUCAGCCGGAGAAAGGAACUAAUUCCGCUGAUGUCACCUUGUCCGAAUCCGCAACCGGGGGUCUCCUACUGUCUAGCGCUUUGGAGACCGUCUCCGCCGAAGAAGACCGUCUGAUGAAAAGAAUCACGAAACUACGAAGCACCUUGAUUGAGCUGAACAUUCUGUGA